ACACAUCUUCUGCACUAGUCCUACAUCACUGUGUUAGCACACUGAACUAAAGCUAGCGGUGCAUCAGCGAGUAUCAUCAGUUAGUUUGAUCAAGCGCACAAUCAUCAAAUGACUACUAAGCAACUGAGCACUGAAGACAGACAACGCAGACUAUUUUUAACAUUGAUACUAUCAGUUACUCUGGCUCAUAUUUUAGAAGAGAUGGGGGGGAGGUGACCUCAGGCAGCAUCCCUCAGGAGCUGACAGGACCAGGCAGUGUCAGAUAUCAGAGGUCUAUAAAUACCAAGGAUCCAUAUGGACAGACAUUGUUCUCAGCACGUUAAGCAACAUGGACAGGGAAUGUCACCAAGUUCUCAUAUCAGCAAGGGACUAAAGAGUCAUGAUCCUGUAAUCACAUAUCAGAGCAAAAGCACCCAACUGACAUUGUACUGUAAACUCUCUGACACGUAGUUAGUAAAUGAAGAACUGUUCUGUGUCCAAUGUGCAGUUGCUAAAUUGGAAAUGGGCUCGGUGAGUGUUGCUGAGGUGUAAUUCUCUCUAUUGUCUCUGUAACAUCCUCAGUGGGUUUCCCCACUUAAAACGAUCAGGAGCAACAGUGCUGUUAUGUAGGCCACAGCUCUGGCACACCAGAAUGUGCUGAUGCCUGGGAAAGGAACUCAAAUAUUGAGGGAAAACACUGGAGUCAGAGGGAAUAACAGAUGAGCUUCCCUUCGGCAUCAGCGGUGGGUCCACAAACGGUAAGAUGUUUGUGUUUGUGUGUUUGUGUGUGCGUACAAUAUUCUGUAUUCCAUCCACAGUGGAACGGGAGUUGUUUUAUGACAAUAAGCCAUGUCUUUUGUUGAGGUGUAAUACAGUAAAGCCAGGUGUAAAUGGAGAUCAUUUGUCACAGUGGCAGAUGCGACCUUGCAGCUCGACCCUGGUUGGCACAGCAGAAAGGAAGGAGACUUGGCUAAGGCACGGGGGGAGCUGAUCAUUUGGACAUGACCCAGCAAGCUCUCCUUGUCCAUUUAUCUUCACAAAGGCCCAUCCAACUGUUGUAGAAAAGUGUGUUACAUGAAUUUACACAUUGAUGCAUCCUCCACUCAGCUCUCAGAGGAAUGCAAUCAUUAUGGAGUUUGAGCAGAAUUUACCUCAGGAAGAUAGUCCAUUAUGAUUCUCACAUUUUAGCUCAAUCAUCAGCAGUAUGGGAAUAGGGCAAGACAACAGUCUGAGAUGAGGCUGGGUGGGCAUUUGUUGUGAGACAAGGACAGAACUGCUUGGUACAUACACUGCAUAAGAAAUAACGGUGGAUAGAAAUGGAGAAAGAAAUAGACGGGUUUCUUUGAACGUGCAUGAGAAACAUGUUGUCAGAAGCAUGUUACAUUAUUGAUGAGGCAAUAAUCCACAGCAUGACUACAGAAACCGGACCUACUGUAGCACUGAGCUUUUCUUCUUGAGAUCCUGAUGCAAGCUGGCAAAGUCACACAUGGCAUGUCAACAGAACAUUAGUUGACCAAGAAAAGAGUGAUUACCUGUCUCUGUUUUCAUGAGUGGCAUUUAAAAAAGAAAGAAAGUUAAUUAUUACAACUACCUUAACUAGGAGACAAAAUGGUUAUAUUGCUUCAUAACUAUGAUCCUCAUACAACAUAGCCUACUGUCAGUAACAAUUGGGCGGUACUGACUUAUUUUCCCUAGUUUCAGUCCUUCUGUAUCCAGGCUGUAUCACAUCUGGCCGUGAUUGGGAGUCCCAUAGGGCGGCGCACAAUUGGCACAGCGUCGUCUGGGGCUAUUCUAUUCUACUCAGCCGGCUUCUGAGACGUAGUACCACUGACACUGCCAACAGGUCAAUGCCUGAAUUUUCUCCAGCAAGAACAGAGCCAAAUAUAACUGCCCUCAGAUGCACUCAACUCCCAGUGUACUACAAUAGACCUGACAUGUCUGCUACGCUGAAUUACCAACCAAACCCAAGGCUGUACAGCCCAUAUAAAAAAACUCAUUUAUAAAUGGUUUACUUUCUUCACUCAAUGGAAUAUUUCCAUGUCAUCAAGUAUAAACAAUAACAAAAACUUUAAAUGGUCUUCCCUGACCAUCAACCCAAGAGCAUUGUGCUUAGUUAGUUCACCAUAUUAUACCGUAUUUCAACAUAUAACUUCAGGUAUCAACACUGACCAUAACAAAAAGAGAAGGAGAGAGGACUGGGGAGUAUUUCCCAAUACGUUUCCCAGGUUGGCCCACCUGCCGUUGUUGCAGCCCACGCCCCACACGCGGAUGUCAAUGAUAGGCUGGCAGUGGAGAAGGCUGCGGUCCACUGGGUCCAUCAGGCUGAGGGUAUCCUUCUUCAGAACCAUCAUCAUGUCCUGGCCCUGGGAGAGGACAGAGAGGACAGGGAGAGAUGAGAGAGAAGACAGGGAGAACAGAGAGGACAGGGAGGACAGAGAAGACAGAGAGGAAAGGGAGGACAGGGAGAGAAGACAGGGAGAACAGAGAGGACAGAGAAGACAGAGAGGACAGAGAAGACAGAGAGGACAGAGAAGACAGAGAAGACAGAGAGGACAGGGAGGACAGAGAAGACAGAGAGGAAAGGGAGGACAGGGAGAGAAGACAGGGAGAACAGAGAGGACAGAGAAGACAGAGAGGACAGAGAGGAAAGGGAGGACAGGGAGAGAAGACAGGGAGAACAGAGAGGACAGAGAAGACAGAGAGGACAGGGAGGACAGGGAGGAAAGGGAGGACAGGGAGAGAAGACAGGGAGAACAGAGAGGACAGAGAAGACAGAGAGGACAGGGAGGACAGAGAAGACAGAGAGGACAGAGAAGACAGAGAGGACAGGGAGGACAGAGAAGACAGAGAGGAAAGGGAGGACAGGGAGAGAAGACAGGGAGAACAGAGAGGACAGAGAAGACAGAGAGGACAGAGAGGAAAGGGAGGACAGGGAGAGAAGACAGGGAGAACAGAGAGGACAGAGAAGACAGAGAGGACAGGGAGGACAGAGAGGAAAGGGAGGACAGGGAGAGAAGACAGGGAGAACAGAGAGGACAGGGAGGACAGGGAGGACAGAGAGGAAAGGGAGGACAGGGAGAGAAGACAGGGAGAACAGAGAGGACAGAGAAGACAGGGAGGACAGAGAAGACAGAGAGGACAGAGAAGACAGAGAGGACAGGGAGGACAGAGAGGAAAGGGAGGACAGGGAGAGAAGACAGGGAGAACAGAGAGGACAGGGAGGACAGGGAGGACAGAGAGGAAAGGGAGGACAGGGAGAGAAGACAGGGAGAACAGAGAGGACAGGGAGAACAGAAAGGACAGGGAGGACAGGGAGAGAUGAGAGAGAAGACAGGGAGAACAGAGAGGACAGGGAGGACAGAGAAGACAGAGAGGAAAGGGAGGACAGAGAGGACAGGGAGAGAUGAGAGAGAAGACAGGGAGAACAGAGAGGACAGGGAGGACAGAGAAGACAGAGAGGAAAGGGAGGACAGA